ACAUGAUAUUGAUAAUUAGGUCAAUAAUGACUUCUUGGUAUUCUAGGGUAAUAUUAAUAUUAACGUUUAACUUCGUUAUUUUUUCCAAUUGACGACCAUUCAUUGAUUGUCGUGUCAACAAGAGCGACCAAAGUAAAUACUACUUGUUCUGCUCUGUCUUAAGUUAACCUUCAAAUUUAGUAAGUUACUAUAAUGAUAAUACUUUAAUACUAUUAUGAACUUAUUAUAAAUAAUAAAAUUUUAAAAUAUUUUGCUUACCUCAGAUCUGUUAUUUUAUCAAUUAAUAUUAAUAGAUAAUCAUAAUAGUAAUAGUAAUAGUUAUCAUCACUGACAUCAGUCAUCAGAAUUCCAUCCAUCCUCAUUCGGCAUGAUUCAGAAUAUUCCUGGGCUUGAGUUUACCAAACACAAAGACACAGAUAAUAAUUAAAAUUAUGAUUGUGGGCUUAUUUUUAUUAAUUAAUGUUUAAUAAUUUAAUGAUCAACAUUUAUUUAUUAAAUAUGUCACUAAAUGCAACAUGUUUACAUGUGGGAGUGACUUCCCUUUGUCAAAGUCCUUUGUUUAUUUUUACUAAAUUAUUUUAGGGAUCGAUUUAGGGUUCAGGUUAGGCAUAGGGAUAGAUGACUUCAUGUGUCAUAUUAACCAAGAUGGUAGUUAUUGAGAAAAUAGUGGCAAUCGUAGUCAAAAUUUACCGAGAUGCCAUGUAUUUUCCCAUGACCGCCAUCUUGGUUGCCACGACCCAUGAUUUAACUGGUUAACUACCAUGAGCCGGUGGGAGCGGCUAUGAGCCACUGGUAGCGGCUAUGAGCCACUGGUAGCGCCAAUGUUUGUAUCGUAGUCAAUGUGACCCUAGAUUUAAUUUGGACACAGCGGGCUUUUCAAUCUGGUAGCUUAUCAGUUAAUGUAUCCCUAAACCUAACCUGAACCCUAAAUUACUAAAAAAAAUCUAAACCUAACCGGGUCUACUGACUCUAAACCUAGUAUUGACCCUAAACCUAACCUGGGUAUUGACCCUAACCUGAACUCUCUAAAUAUAUCCUUAAACCUAACCUGAACCCUAAAUGUAUCCCUAAACCUAACCCAAACCCUAAAACUAGCCCUUAAGUUAAAGCCUCAUGUCUCAAGUAAAAAACAUGUGUACAGCAGCAGUUACACACUGUCACUGUGGCAAGAAAACUAAAAAAUAAAGAAAAACAAUUUUAAAAAUAUUCCUAAAAUAGAUAAAAAAUGAAAACCCAACUUACAGUUUCAUAGAAUACACUUUUACACACUUUAUUUCAGCUUCCAUUCAAAAUCCAAAAAAUGAAUAAAACACCAUGCCGUCAUGCAAUAAUGCAUUUUAAAAUGUGGCGGAACAAUUAAAAUAGCCGAACAAUGAAAUUUUAAAAUUAUAAUUAAUCACCCAAUAAAAUUUUUAUACAAAAUAUGCCAUCUUCAUAUUAAGGAAAAUGUCACUCUAGUAACAAAAAACAAGGGGAGUGAAGCCAAAACAUAAACUUAACAAAAACACGCAAAUGACGUCUUGGCAUGCCUUCUUUUCCUCAACCACUAUGUCAUAUAAUAAUAGGCUCAGCAAAGCCUAUACUGAUACUUAAACUAAAUAGUUUAAGUGUAUCACUGUUUAUGUGAGUCAGAGAAUAGCAGAAACUAGCUCCAGGACUGCAAGAGUCAAGUCAAGUGAUGACAAAUAUAAUAUAAAUAAUAUAAUUAAAACUGAAAGUAGAAAGUCCAAUCAACUAAAAAUAAUAUAAAAAAUAUUAAUUAUUCAUUUGGGUUUAAUUAAAUACUAAAAUAGCCUCAAAAUAUACUAGGCCUAGUCUACUACCAUAUUCUUCUGUUAGGCCACCGUCCUACAUAUCAAUUAUAAUUAUAAUAUUUGGAGCUGGCUGCUGGGAAGGGCUGAGCAGUUUUAAAUCAAAGUUUUAAGUGAUUUUAUUUCUGUUUGUUUGGAUCAAAGACAUGUAUAUGUUACAUAAGUUAUAAUUAGAUAUGGAUGAGGUACUGUCAUUUUUUGAUCAACACAUUACUAUUUACUCAUAAGUUAAAUAUAGCUCCAAAACUUUUAUCUGUUAACUGGAUGUUGAAUUGUAUAUUUUCAGUUGGCCUUCUCCAAGAACUGACAAUGGAUAAUGUCAUGUAUAACACAGUAUAUGUCUCCUAAAUUACCUAGAUAACUAUAUUGGACCUCCAAGCAUUGAGCAUAGUGAGCUAUAGCAAAAGUAUUAAUUAACUUUUCAUUAUUGAGCGAUUCGACAUGUCAAAAUAGUUGCAAACAUUUUCAUAUAUUUUUCUACGAAAAUGGCAAACAACAUCCCAAAUGAAGAAGAUGAUUUGAGUGACUCUGAAGUUAGCCUAGAAUUGGUUAAAGCUGAAAAAAGAGCCAAAUGGAGAAAUUUGGCUUCAUUUUGGAUAUUUGGACUUUGCAAUAAUUUUGCUUAUGUUGUGAUGUUAAGUGCUGCCCAUGACAUAUUAAAAGAAGAAGAGUCAUCCUCCAACAGUACAAACUCAUCAAGCUCACAAAUGACAGAACCAACCAGCAGUAAUGUGUCAUAUCUUGAGUGUAAUACUGUCAGCACAGGAGCAAUUUUGUUAGCGGAUAUCUUACCAACACUUAUUGUAAAGUUGACUUUUCCUUUUUUCCUUGAAAAAAUAUCAUACAGAAUCAAAAUCACAAUUAUUUCUGGUUUUGCAUUAAGCAGCUUUUUGAUUGUUGCAUUGGCACAUGAAGUAUGGCUGAGUAUCCUCGGAGUUGUCUGUGCUAGCAUAGGGGCUGGACUAGGAGAAAUAACAUUUCUCAGUCUGACUACAUUUUACACUAGGAAUGUGGUCUCAAUGUGGUCUUCUGGUACAGGUGGAGCUGGUGUUUUUGGAGCUCUUGUCUAUGCUGGAUUUACAAGUGCAGGUUUGUCACCCAGGGAUUCUUUACUCAUCAUGGUAAUUAUUCCUGUUAUGAUGAUGGCUUCUUACUUCCUGCUGCUAACUAAACCCCUUGAAAAAGAGAAGAGGAUAGAUGAUUCAACAUUAUUAAUUGAAGAGGAACGACAUAAGAAAAUUAUUCUAACAUUCAAGCAAAAGUUAUUUCUCAUUCCUUCAUUAUUCAAGUAUAUGAUCCCACUGACACUGGUUUACUUUGGAGAAUAUUUCAUCAAUCAAGGUCUGCAUGAGUUGCUGUACUUUAAUGGCCAAUGGCUUUCAAAGAGUGAACAAUAUCGUUGGUAUCAAGUUGACUAUCAAAUUGGUGUAUUUAUCUCCAGGUCAUCAGUCAAUCUGGUGCACAUCAAAGCACUUUGGAUUCUUCCAAUUUUACAGUUUGUAAAUCUGGCCUUGUUGCUGUGCCAGGUAUUUUACAGAUUUAUUCCAAGCAUCUGGAUAGUGUUUGUUAUUGUUCUGUGGGAAGGCCUGCUAGGGGGAGCUGCAUAUGUCAAUACAUUUUUCAGAAUUACAAACGAAAUACCCCCAGGAAAGAGAGAAUAUUGUAUUGGAGUAGCAGCAUUAGGUGAUUCCAUUGGGAUAGCAGUGGCUGGAGUAGCUGCUAUACCUUCCCAUAAUGCCAUUUGCGGUCUAAACUUAAAAAUGUAAUAAUUUAACCGACUAGUUUCAAAAUGUACAAUGACAUCAACUUCUUGUUUCAAGAAAAAAAAAACUAAAAAAUGUUCCAAAAAAAAAUAUUUAAAAUGGAAAAACCUGCAUCUGAUGUUAUAAAUAUUUUCAUAAUGGAAUUAUUAGAUAUUUUAGAAUAUCUAUUUAUUCCAUUAAGAUGUAAGAAAAUAAAAACACAUUUGGAGUUUUAAGGUCUGGUGUUCUUUUAGUUUAGACAAGAUUUCUUAAUCAUCACUGUAACAAUUUGUUUUUUUCCAAAUGUCAUAAAAAUAUAACAUUUACUUCACCUUUUACUAGACUUUGCUACAUAAAAUUAGACAAUAGUCUUGUAUUUUUGUAAGCAAUGAAAUUGUUUUGUAAAGUUAAAGGUAGGCUAAUUACAUUGUGGUUAUUACAAUAUAGGGCACCAUAGGUCAAAGCAAAUUAAUUUAGUUCUAUCAGAUUGUCAAUAAAAAGUUGCAAGUCAAUCAUUGUGCUCUUUUGAUUAAUAUAGAUUGCAUAUUCAUUUAUAUAACCAUUAGCUUUUCCUCAUUCCCUGAUUUCAACUCGCUGUUUUGAGUGUGUAAAAUUAUAGUUAUUGUUUGGAGUCUAUUCACUACUGCUCUAAUUCUUAGUAUUAAUUUGAUCUGUUAAUGUAUCCUCUUUCUUAAAUAUAUAUUGUAUUACAGUAUAUUCUUGAUCAUACGCUGACUUUUUUUUUAAAAUUUCAGGAGAAUAAGUCGUGUGAUGGGCUUGUAAGCGGAUCGUAGGUGUUUAUACAUUUUUUCUCCAGGCACAUUAAUUCUAUUAUAGAAAACAGUGAAGAAAAAUGUAUCAAGUGGACUUCAACGUAAAGUGCAAAGUUGGCUGUGAACAAAAUUCAAUUAUAACGCACAUAAUGAAUGUUUUAUCAUAUCUCUCAGCUUGUUCCAGAUAGCUUUACUUGUGUCUCAAUUUUUUCCCUGCAAUCGUCUUCGAACUUUAAUCUUUUGUAAACAUUUUGGAAAUCAUUAGCUUCAAAUUCAUAAUGACAAUUACGCGCUAAGCUUAUUCUGGAAGUAUUUCUGUGUAUUAUGUAGUGUAGUUCCUCUAACUCAAGUAGAUUAUGCCAUGUAACACACAAAAGAUAACUUGCUGCUUAUCUUGUGUGAAUAUUUUCAUGUGUUAUUACAUACAAAGAGCUUGAAUGACCUGCAUAAUUUUUUCAAAUGUUUUCUUAAUUAGUGAAAAAUUGUGAGCAACCCAGAAAAUAGUUGAUACUCUUUAAAGACACAUGAGUGCAGUCAAUGAGUACAUCCCAUUUAAAGACACAUGAGUGCAGUCAAUGAAUACAUCCCAUUUAAAGACACAUGAGUGCAGUCAAUGAGUACAUCCCAUUUAAAGACACAUGAGUGCAGUCA